AUGCCUCCAAGAACUUUGAAAUAUAUUGAACUUGUUCAUACUUUGAAUAGAGCAUUUAGCUUUGACUGGGAUAGAGAGGAGUUAUAUUAAGGUAAGCCAGAAGCUAAGCAUCCAAUGAAACUUAUGGCUGAAUUGGGAAAUUCUGAUGUAUUUUGGGCUCUAAUCUCUGCAUAAUAUUUCUCUUUUACUCUAUUUGGACUGUCAAAGCGAUAGGAGGAAAUAAAGCAAAAUUUAGAGUAUUUAUUAGAAUAUACAUAUAAGAUAGAUGAAAUGAUGUAUUAAAAUCCAGUCUGGAAGUAAAAUAUCUGGUAUUUUAUAAAGAGAUUCACUAAGAAAUAUCUCCCCAAAGCCAUCCUCAAGUGA